GGGAAGGGAGGGGGGGCCGAAGUUCGCCGCCGCCACCGCUACUGCUCAGGCUCGGUGCUCGGUGCUCGGUGCCCGGGGGCGGUGUUGGACGUUGGGCGAUCCUGCGAGAGACUCGGAUCGUCCGGACUCAGGUUCCGGACGAGGCGGACGAAAUCAUCGACGCCAUCGUUGACCGGGUUCCGAGGUUCGAGUUUCUUCUUCCCUCAGCAGCUCCGUGCGAAUCGACGUUGCUUCGCCCUUGAUUCCACUCCACUCCACUCCACUCCCCUCCCCAAGGCCACCUCGUCCUGCGGUGCGAGACCCGGACCAUGAUGAGGUCGGCGGGGGCAAAGGCUCCGGGGACUGAACGAAUUUUGCACCGCAGGAGUUUCUGUCGAGGCCGGUGAUUCGGUUAUUCCAGAGACCGGAAUUGCGGAGCUUAAAUUCGAGCACUCGUCGUAGGGAAGGAAGGAAACGAAUUUUGCACCGGAGGAGUUUCUGUCGAGGCCAGUGAUUUGAUUUCUCCAGAGACUGGAAUUCGGAGCUUCAAUUCAAGCACUCAUCGAAGGGAAGGGAAGGGAAGGGAAGGGAAGGGAAGGGAAGGGAAGGGAGGGGAGGAGAAGAGGCGCCUGGGCCUUUGUGUCUGGGGAUGGCGGUGGGGAUGGAGUCGAUGAGCACGAGCCGCUCGGAGGCGGAGAAGGGGGAGCUGGAUCUGGACAAGCUGAACUUCUUCUCGGAAAAGUGGAACGCAGUGGAGCAUGUGCGCAGUUUGUGGAUGGUGUUCAUGUACACGACGGCCUGGUUCGCACGCCUGCUGCUGCACUUUCUGCCGCCCCGGCUGGAGCUCUACGGGCUCACGAGCGCUCUGGAGUCCAUCGGCCACAACCCGUCGGCGACUCCAGCGCACGAGGAUCAGGACCAUGUCGGAACCACCAUGUCGAUGUCGAUGUCGAACGGCGCCAUCGGCCGAUCUCUCCUCCAGGUGCUAGCCCUCGUCAACGACCUCCCGGCGUCGUCUGGAAAAUACGCCUUCGCUCGAUCCUUAGCCGACAAGAUCAUCUACGAGAAUUCCACCCACGGCCACGGAUUCCAGGCCGUCAACCGAUCGGCUCUGGGCGCAGGAUUCAAGCGUACUUUGACUCUGCUGAACGAAUCGCUGACGGGGCUCCAGCAGCAGAAGCGAGGGGCGGGGUGGAGCUUGCCGAUGAGAAUGAUGAGCCUGAUUCCCACCGCCGGGAUGACAUUGCCACUGCCUCCUCCGCUGGCGCUCAUCCGGUCGAGGCUCGGGCUGCUGCUGAGCCCCGCGGUGCAAUCGGGGCAGGGGCUGGCGCCCGCGAGCGCCGUGGACUCGGGCGAGAACGCGGAGUUCGCCGAGAAGCUGGGCAAGGAGCUGCUGUGGCUGGCGGAGAAGAUGGGCGAGUGCUCGGCGCUGCAGGAGGGCAUCGAGCAGUGGAGCUCGUCGGGGUCGCUGGCGUCGCUGGCCCUGUCGGCGUCGCCCCGAGUGCAGCGCUCGCUGGUGCGCCUGUGCGCUCUGCUGGGCCGCGAGGUCGUGUCGGGGCGCAUCGAGGUGACCCGCGAGGUCAGGUUCAAGCUGCUGCUGCUCUGGAUGCCGCUUUUCUGCACUGCGACCCAGGGCGUCAUCUUCAGCACCGCCGAGAAGGCCGAGGUCGAGUCGACUCUCGACAUGGCCAUCCGCACUCUUCCCGAAUCCGACCAGGAGGUGAUCCUCGCCAUCUGGCUCCAGGAGUUCGCGCUGUCCUCCUCGGACUGGCCCAAUCUCCAACCCUGCUACGACGCUUGGUGCCAUGCCACUCGCAAGCUCAGUCUGCAGGCCCACGUCGAGUCCGGAUGCUCCCACCAGCAAAUUCGUCACUCUUCCAUCGAUUGAGUCCCCCGAGCAGCAGCUCCGAGGCUCAGCUGCUCAUUCUUUCGGUUCAUUACUGUACAAAAGUCGGUCGAACUUUAGGGGCAGGAAACCUUGCCAUGCAAUGCAAUGCAAUGCGGUGCGGUGCAGGCACGGAGAUCUUCCCAGCGCAUGGUUCGGUAGUUAGAACCCAGUGACUGACGUCGAAUCCACAGCGAGCUUGCGCGUCGGCUCGAGUCGUUCAGCUUUAUGGUCCUGUGAGGGGCUGGGAUAGGUGGCAUCUGUGAGAGCCAAAAUAUCAGUCCGGCCAUCGCGAGCGCUCGCCAUGAGCGCACGCACGGCGCUAGGGGAUCAAGGGGCCCAAAGUCAUUCUUCAGUCAGUAGAGUGUGGAAUUUUAGGACAGUAGGGGUAGUAGAGUAAUUAGCCAAUAUUUUAUUCUUUGGCCGGCGCAAGUCCGGCUGUCUCUGUAACGCGUUGUACACACUCCAGACGAAAAUAUGCGUGGACGGAAAUUCUGAAUUGUGUGAAGCUCGCUCCUUCCCUACUCCACUCGCCAAAGCAAAAGCUCCAAAAGUUCCAAAUCACAUAAUCUAGCGUCGACGUCACGUGCGGAGUUUCACCAACUCUGGAAGAAGACACUUACGUGACAUUAACACACACACAACACGAACAAGACGACACCAAAGAUCACGGGCCAGGAGCCCAAAUGGAUUACAGUAGAUCGUGGACUACAGUUCCAAAUUCUGCAAUUACAAUACUUUGUCUCGGAUAGGGAGUGUGAAAUUCACUCUUGUCUCUCUCGCUCUCUUUCUCUCUCUUUUGCAUUCAUUCGGAGCCACGGAAGGUGUGAGCACUGGAUUGAUAUUGUCCCGGACUUCGAGGGAGCACUACGAGCAUGGUCGUCAUGGUGAUGCGAUGGGGAUUGAAGGACAAUAAGGGUGACGAGUGUAGGGACGAUAGAUGUAUAACUCAGAGAUGGUAAUAAUACGGAAAUGGAGCGGGAACGAGUUGACGAAGAGGCCCUCGGACAUUUUAACCGAGCGAGACCAGGCCGGGGCCAAAAGGUCUCU